AUGGGGAGACAUUCAUGCUGCUAUAAGCAGAAGCUUAGAAAAGGAUUAUGGUCUCCCGAAGAAGACGAGAAGCUUAUCAAACACAUCACCAGUUACGGCCAUGGCUGCUGGAGCUCUGUUCCUAAACUUGCAGGUCUUCAAAGAUGUGGAAAGAGCUGCCGAUUGAGAUGGAUUAACUAUUUGAGACCGGACCUGAAGAGAGGCACAUUCUCUUCUCAAGAAGAGAAUCUCAUCAUUGAGCUCCAUGCAGUCCUCGGAAACAGGUGGUCUCAGAUUGCAGCUCAGUUACCCGGAAGAACAGAUAACGAGAUCAAGAAUCUCUGGAAUUCCUCCAUUAAGAAGAAGCUCAAGCAAAAAGGGAUUGAUCCAAGCACUCACAAACCUCUCUCCGAGGUGCUUCAGAAUAAUCAUCCCCCAACAACAACAACAACAACAACAACCUCAACCGACAAUAACAAGCCUCUUCCUCCUUCAACCGCCGCCAACUCCUACCGAUUCACGGAAACUAACAGCAGCGCCAUUCCUCCUCAACCAACUCAUCAUGAGUUCUUCAUUGACAGAUUUGUUUCCACAGUACAUGAAACCACCACCACCUCCUCCUCCGCCGCGGCCGCCACUACAUCAACAGAAGCAGCAGCAGCAGCAGGCUACUUCUCUUUCCAUCAACUAAUUAACUACGAAACCCAUCAUCAUCCCUUAUACCCAGAUCAAUUCAAUCCUAAUUCCAUUUUCAAUUCCAAUCCGAGCACCACCAUUCUUUCAACAAUCAGGGAAAAGAGUACUGAUCAUCUUCCUUUCGAUAACCCUCCCCAUCCUUCUCAAAUAAUUACCUCUUCUUCUUCUUCUUCUUCUACUUUCUUUGAUCAGCAAAUUAACCCAUUCUCAUGGCACUCCACAAUUGAUCAUUGCAAUAUUAAACCGGAGAUAAAAGAAGCUGAUCAUCAGAUUCAAGCAAACGAAGAUAUCAAAUCAUGGUCUGAAUACAUUCAAGCCCUUCAAACCCAAGAUUCUGAUCAAGCACAAGUGCAAUUCAUGACAGGAGGAACCUCAAACAACAACAACAACGCCUGGAUUUCGAAUCAUGAUCAUCAUCAGUUAUCACCACCACCACCACCCUUGCAAGCCAUUGACAUAUACAGCAGCAAGCAGCAAUUCCAGAGACUUCCGGCAACUGCUAAUUAUGGGCAAUUCAAUUAG